AUGGCAGCGCCAAUCAUCCGUCGGGCGUGCAUGUACGUCCCGUCCUCAUCCAAGAAGAUGCUCGAGAAAUCCCUCACCCUCCAAGCCGACAACGUAACCUACGACCUUGAAGACUCCGUCGCCCCACACUUGAAAUCCGAAGCACGAUCGAAUCUGCGCUCCAUCCUCUCACAGCCACGGCCUCCCUCGAUAAAGGAAAGGUGUGUGCGAAUCAACAGCGUCGACACAGGUCUUGCGCUCGCCGACCUCACUGAAGUCCUCAAGGGUGAAUACCUCGACGCCAUCAUGCUGCCCAAAUGCGAGAGUGCUGCAGAUCUCCAUUUCGUCACCGACGUGAUUCGACAUUUGAGUCCAGAGCGGCAUCCUAGUACCUCUUCAAAUUCCCACGAACAACCAGCUAAAGAACCCCUAAGAAUAAUCGCCCUCAUCGAAUCCGCAAAAGCCAUCCUCAACCUCCCCGAGAUCUGCUCUGCCUCACCCUACCUCUCCGGCCUCGUCUUCGCAGCAGAAGACUUUGCCAAAGACAUGUCUAUUACGCGCACGCCCUCGCUCACGGAAUUCCUCUAUGCAAGAAGCGCCAUUGCGACGGCGGCGCGCGCGGCUGAGCUCCCGAGUACAAUCGAUCUCGUCUGUACAAGCUACAAGGGGGAGGCAGGCCUAAAGACGCUCAAAGACGAAUGUCUGAAUGGAAAAGGCAUGGGCUAUAAUGGGAAACAGUGCAUCCACCCUAGCCAGGUGGCGGUGUGCCAUGAAGCGUUUAGUCCUGGGGACCAGGAGGUAGAGUGGGCAGUUAGGGUGGUAAUUGCAGAUGAGAAGGCGAGUGAGAUGGGGAGAGGGGCAUGGACACUGGACGGCAAGAUGAUUGAUGUGCCUGUUGUCAAGAAGGCCGCUGCUGUGCUGCGACAUGCAGAGGUUUGUGGCAUAGAUGUUGGCGCUGUGAGGGAGAGGUGGAGGGAGCAGGAGCCCGAAUAG